UAUAAAGUCAAAUUUAAAGUUUAUCGAUACAAAAACAAUGUAUAAUAUUGAGUACGUAGAGUCAGAGAAGGUUUGGUGUGGUCCAAGGCUUGAUGUAAAGCCUACUGGUCUAGGUGAAGCUAUUUUGAAAAUACUCAAAGAAAGAGAUCCCGAACAAAUUUAUGAAAUAUUUCACGACAAUGGUACUCAUGUUACAAAUAAAGAAAUCCGUGAAAAAACUAUAACUGCUGCACAAAACUUAUUAAAUCUCGGAGUGAAAAAGGGUGAUGUUGUGGUGUUCUUCACUUAUUCAAAAUUAAAUCUCACACCACUCUCAUUUGCUUGCUACACAAUCGGGGCUCCAGUAUGCUACUUUGACAUACAUAUUAAUGAUGUUAACAUUCCUGAAUAUUUUGUAAAACUUGAUCCAACUGUGAUCGUUUAUGAAGAAAAAUUCAAAUCGAUGGUCUUUAACGGUAUAAAAGGACUUACUUUACCAAAGCUGAAACAUAUUCUCAGUUUUAAUGGAAAAGGACAAAAUUCUAUUGACGACUUAAUUUUCAAACCACCUGUUGACAUUGAAAACUUCCAAAUUCCCAAUAUUGGAAAUCCAGAUUAUCUUCCAGCCAAUCUAGCUUUUACAUCAGGUUCAACAGGGUUGCCAAAAAUUGUGAUGCUUUCUCACUCUAUGAUGAUACAAGGUCCCAAUAUUCCUUAUUUAGGAAAACAAGGAAGUGUGUCAAUGGUUCUAAGUGAAAUCCGUUGGAUAGCCCAGAUAAUAAGUAUGUUGCAACCAGCAUUUAACAAUGAAACACGUGUUUACAGCUCAAUUGUACCACCAGAGCUGACAAGUGAAAUGGCAAGGAACAUGGUGGACGCCCACAAAGUUACACAUUACGCUGGAGUUCCAGCAUUUUUUUUAGGACUAUUAGAAGCUGCAGAAAAAUCUAAUGAACCAUCGACUUUGAGUUCCUUAAAAUUUGCAUUGUUGGUAGGUGAAAAUAUUGGUGACGCAUGUGAAGGAUAUUUCGCAAGGAUAACUCCGAAUUGUAAAAUCGUUAGAUUUUAUGGAAUGACCGAAGUGGUUGGUGGUAUUGCUUCAUCAGCAUUCGACAGUCGAGAUAAUGUAAACGGAGGUGUUUUGAGGUCGGGCUUUAAAGUGAAAAUAAUCGAUAAGAAUCAAAAAUUGCUUGGCCACAAUGAAAUAGGACAAAUUUGUGUGAAAACAUCACAUCCAUUUUUAGGAUAUUUAAAAGACAAAAAAGCCAACGAGGAGACUUUCAUCGAAGAUGGUUGGCUCAAUACUGGAGAUUUGGGUAUGUUCGAUUCGGAUAAUCUUUUAAAUGUUUUCUCUAGAGAAAAGUAUGUUUUACAUUAUUCUGAUGGAAAGAUACUAAUGCCAAAUAUAAUUGAAAAUAUUGUAAACAACUUUGAAGGUGUCCGUUCAUCGGUUCUUGUUGGACGACCAAGUAAAGAAAAUUCUAAAGAAGAUGUUGGAACUAUUUUUGUGGUUUUUAAAAAUCCAUCUCAUUCAAUAGAUGUUGAAAACAAUUUAAGAGAUUAUUUAAAGAAAAAAUUAACAAAAGAACAAAUGAAGAUUAUUAAGUAUUUGAAAGUAUUAGAAGAAUUACCAAAAACAACUUGUUCUAAAGUCGAUAGAAUAGCUUUGAAAGAAAUGUUGAAUGGAGGAGCGGAAAUUUAA